UUGUAAAGUUAAUGAACAGCAGCAGCACAGCAUCUCUUCUUCUCCUUGCUCCACUCUUGCUAUUGUCCAUAUCCUCUUCCUGAAAAUAUAAUAAUAAAUAAAACAUUUUCCAUAUCCUCUCUCUCUCUCACACACACUAACACACACACACACACUUAGAGAGAGAAAAUUGGAAUUACCUUGUGUUGGUGGUGGAUUUGGAGUUGGAAUCGCAGAGAUUAGUAAUGUGACAGUUAAGGAAACCCCAACCAUCUAUCUACCUGGUGGCAGAUGUUCCUCGCAAAAUUGAACGGGAGUUUAAUCCUUUAUUCCGCAAUUGAAUCAAUUUCUCCCAAAUUCCUUUAUGGCGGGCGAGUUCAACGCCGGCUUUCAUCAAAAUCAAAAUCAGCAUCAGCAGCAGGGUAUGCUUUACAGCGGCGGCGGCGGUGCGAUGAGCAACAGCAGCAGCGGCGGCUCGGGAGGGUACGAACUGAUUCCGAUGGGUAAUUACUAUAAUAGCCCCGGGGGAAACCUGAAUGAUGGUGGAAUUCAGAUUUUCUCAUCGUCUGCUGCGCAGAGUAAUUCUAUGGGUUCUCCCUCCACGCUUCUAUUGGAUUCGGUUCCUGGAUUGAAGCACGAUACCGGUUUGGCUGUUGAAUGGUCCGUUGAAGAACAGUUUAAGUUGGAGGAAGCACUGGCCAAAUAUGCCAAUGAACCAAAAAUUAUGCGGUACAUCAAGAUUGCUGCAUCACUCCACGAUAAAACUGUGCGUGAUGUUGCUCUUCGAUGCAGAUGGAUGGCGAGAAAGCGAAGGAAACAGGAGGAUCAGAGUUUGGGGAAGAAAGUGAAGGAUCGGAAGGAUAAAUUCAUGGAGUCCUCUUUGAAGAAUAAUAUUUGCUCAGCUUCAUCGGUCAACGUGCCUCCAUAUUCUGUAACUACGAACCAUCAUCAGAAUGAUUACGCAUAUUCAGUGCCAAGCUGCACAACCAGACAUCUUUUAGAAGAAAAUAACCAAGCUUUUGGUCAAAUAUCUGCAAAUCUUUCGACUCUCAAGUUGCAGGAAAACAUCAAUCUUUUUUCUCAUACAAGGAACAAUAUAACUGCAAUUUUGAAUGACAUGAGAAACAUGCCUGGGAUUAUGAGCCGAAUGCCACCUCUCCCUGUGCUCUUAAACGAGGAACUCGCCAGUAGUAUUUUUCCACAUUCAGCUCAGGUAUAGCAGAGCCUGUUCUCUCUCUUGAAUUUAUUUGUUACAUGGAAUAAUGUUCAAGUCUCUUUGUAAUGCAUGAAUUAUGUUUUCCUGUACACAUUUCCUUCAUCUUCUCAAUUUUAUCGCUUUGGUCAUAUGCUGCAUAACAGCCGAUACACACUUCAUAUUCUUCCAUCCAUUUGACCAUUUUCACCAGAAACUUGAAAAAAUUUCUCUCUUCUAUCUUUGACGAUCUCCAAUAUCCACUCCUAAGUACCCUUGCAUCUUCACCACAUCAACCUUUCAAUUCCGUCAUUGAUUUUGAUCUCACUCUUAUAUAAUCACUUUCUUACAAUGAAAUAGGAAAGGUACACGCAAUACAAAGAUAAUACUCCCAUUCUAUAAGGGUGCAUUUGGAUGGAAGGAUUUUGGGAAGGGAU